AUGUCAAUACGUUCAGCCACAGUACAGUACUCUUACAAAGCAGCUCAUGAAGAUGAGCUUAAUUUGGAAGUGAAUGAUGUGAUUGACGUAUUGGAGGAGGCAGAAGCAGGAUGGAUGAAAGGCGAACUUCGCAGUACGGGUCAAAUAGGCUUAUUUCCUACUAAUUUUGUGCAAUUUCUUGCUCGCGUACUUUUCACUUAUUCGCCUAAACAUGAUGAUGAACUUGCUCUUCGUGAAGUAGGUCAAGUCGUUACUAUUGUAAGUAAAUCGGUCGAAGAUGCCGGUUGGUUUGUAGCCGAAGUUGAUGGUAAACGAGGAUUAAUUCCCGAUGGUUUUGUUGAGAUCUUAAGGCCUUCAACUUCGGUUUGUCCAAGAAAUCAAGAAAGCCAUAAAGUAACCUUUUUGAAAAAAAUAAAUCAACGAUUCUUGCUGUUCAUCAUAACAAUAUGUAGUGAAAUGUUAAUAAAUUUUAGAAUUUCAACUAUAAAUUUGUGGAAAUUAAACGAAAUUCAGAUGCCUCCUCCACCAAACAUGCCAGUGAAAUUACCACCAAAAUCAGCAGCUGUUUCUUCGAGUUCAACUCGUCGUGCUACAACGUCAUCAGUGUUUGCGCAAAUGCAUUCCAGUCUCGCAGAUGCUUUCACAAAACCUCCAAAACAAUUCUCUAACCGGAGUAUGAAAACAGAAGAAAAGUCAGCUGUCGAAAUACGACCUGGUGAUCGUUUAUCACACAUCACGACAACUCGACCCAAACAGCCGAACAAAAGACCUCCAUCUACUAUUCUGAGAAUGAAAUCAAAUGAAAAUGCAGUCGACGAUACCGCACUUAUAAAGGAGUUGGGAAGUGUAUCACCUAUGGCUGUACCUUAUUUGACAAAUACUUCUCCACCGCAUUCUUUGUCGCCAGCUAAACUUAUAUUAUUUGCAACACUUAAUGUUAUUUUGCCUAUAUCUUUAAAAGCACUAGAUAGCUUUUCUAUGAGGAAUAGCAUGAUUAACUUAAUUUUGUAUUUAUUACUUUUUUAUUAUUUAGUACUAUCGUUGUUUGUAGUACCAGCAGUAAAAUCAAUGAAAACUUAUCAGAAUCCACCACCUAAAAAUGCAGACAACGAUGGCAGUGGCAAUUUUGUGACACGUAGUGAAUAUCAAUGUUUGCUUGAACAGUUAGAAGGAAUACGCACGGAAAUGAACAAAUUUCGAGUGGAAAUGUCACAAAAAAUUUCAACAUUGGAAGCUCAAAUUAUUGAGCAGUGA